UGAUAAUCGGUCAACAAGAGGACCGGGAGGCGGGAGGGCGCAGGACAGCGUGUUCACAGCCGCUCACUGACACCCUUUCGUUGUUCGACUCCGUUUAGCGGCGAGGGUUCGGAGGUUCGGAGGCUCGGUCCCCACCAUGUUUGUGUGCCUGUCCGCGGCGGCUCACGCUCUGAAGCCCGCGGGCUCGCUUCUCGGGGCGAGCAGCCGGAGGCACGUCACGUUACGCAAGGGCCACGCGUUCCCGGGGUACCGGUGUUUCUGCGUGUCCGCCCGGGCCGGCGAUGCGAAUCGUGUCCGACUAGGGAAACAACAACAACAGCAACAACAACAACAACAACAAAACCAGCCGAGCCGGCGACCUGUGGAGGACCGGGACUCGUGGCCGCGCGCUCUUGCAUGGGGACACUGGGACCGGAUGGCGGAUAAACACGCGGAUCUCUGGAGACGCGUGCGAGGUGAACGCGGUCACGCAGAUGUUGUCGCGCCGCGGCUCGUGCACGCGAGCGGUGGGCCGCCCGGUGCGGGUUUGUUUACAGGCGCCUGGGGGGGGCUCGGUCCACUCUGCUCUGCCGGGACAAUGCACACCAGAGGGUUGUCCACGAAGAGGAGCGACGGCGGCGAGGAGCACACGGCUAACGACAAAGGGGAAGUAAAGGAGGCCUCUUCUACUUCCUCAUCGGCGGCGACGCUCCCGGGGGAGCCGGAGCCAGAGGGAGGAAAACCAAGCAAGACCCAGCAGCUAAAGAAAGUCUUCAAGGAAUAUGGAGCGGUGGGAGUGUCCUUUCACAUCGGGAUCUCCCUCAUGUCGCUGGGAAUGUUCUAUCUCCUCAUAUCCAGUGGUAUCGAUAUGGCUGCCGUGCUGUGCAAAGUGGGCUUCAGCGAGUCCGUCGUCCGCUCCAGGAUGGCGGCGGGAACAAGCGCGUUCGUCCUGGCCUACGCCAUCCACAAGCUCUUCGCUCCGCUUCGCAUCAGCAUCACUCUGGUGUCCGUGCCUCUCAUCGUGCGCUACUUCAGAAAGACUGGUCACUUCAAGCCGCCCACGCCUGCACCCUGAGGACCCUACUCCACUCCUCAAGCAGCAGACCUCCGGACUGUUAAUAGCCAUAGUCAAAUGUACCCAUAUUGCAUUCGCCCUCGUCACAGGUAUGACGCAGCUCUCGUCGGUCAUUGUGAAUUCAGGUAAAAACAUUUUAUUCAUUAGUGCCUGCGUUCAAAGAGGUUACUGUUAGAGUUGUGUUUUUAAUGUGUGUGUGUGCAUUCCAAAAAAAAAAAGGCUGAAAAGCUAAACUAUUUAUUUGCAAUCAGUGGUGUUGAUCGGGGUUUUUUUAAGCUCUUUCAGUGUGACGGUCCUCUAGAAAAAAGCUGACGUCUUCUCCACCGUUCCUCGUCGCCUGAGCCGUCGCUCCGGUGUUGCAUGACUCAGCAGAAUAAUUCAGGUUCUCUCUGUCUCCUACCUCGCUCCUCUUUCUCACCUUCCUCUGCUUCCUCAGACCCGCAUUUACCGUUUUUAUUUUCCUGCCGUGGUUUGGCUUCCCCGCUAUUUCAUUUCCCUCUCAACACGUCUCCCAGCAUCCGUUUCCAUUCUUCUCGUGUCCCUCUGCUGUGCCGCUGCAGCGGCAGUAACCCCAUCUACAUUCAUCUGUGAGUGAAGCUGGUUGUAGUCCAAUCCAAGGUGAAGGAUGUUGGUUCUUUUUUUUUUCUUCUUUUUUUUUUUCUAAUUUGAAUGGACUGUAUUUAACAAUUAAAAACAGAAUUUCUCUUUCA